AACACGUGGCGGCCCCACCGCCACUCCCGCUAUAUCGUCUCAUCCUAUUGAAUUCCUUCAAUUCAACAGGAGGCUCUGUUUAUACGGUUGGUGUCUGCCUGCCGGUUGGUUGAUCUCGGAGAUGUUCGAGCACAUAACAUCAAGCGAAGUCGCCGGCUACUGCGUCGGCGCUCUUCUAUUAGCCUCCACUCUUUCCGCCACCAAAAUCGAUUCACUCAUCUCUUCUUCCCAGCGCAGUUCUUUAGCCAUGUGCAAGAGAUGUGGAGAUGUGAAAUUGAUAGCAUGCUCAAGCUGUAAAGGAGCAGGUGUAUUGAAAGAAGGGGGACCAUUCAACUUUAAUUUAGUUUAUCAGUCAACAACAACAAGGGAGCCUUCCCCAAUAUUAAGAUCCACAAAAUGCACCAAAUGUCUAGCUAAAGGGAGUUUUAGCUGCCCUAAUUGCACACAACAACAACAACUCGAUGAAAAUUAGGAAGGUACACCAUCCAUAAUCAAUUAUCCUUAUUUGAAAGUGGCAUUUGGUUUUCAACUUUUGAAACAGUUUCUUAGUUCCUUGUGUGUAUGUUAAUCUGAACCUGCAAUUAAGAGAUGAGUUAAUAAUUAAGAUGUGUGGUCUCAUGGAAGGUUGUUGGUGUAAGCAAACAUAAAUGAUGCAUCAUAUACUAUAAAUGGAGGAGUUACAAUUUUCUUUGCA